CGUCGACGUCCACGAUCGCCCACAUUCGUUAUCACGGACGACGAGCAGCAUUAUCAUUCAAUAUUCUUCUUUGAAGUAAAUAACGCUUAGCCCGAGCGUAUCAACAGGUGAACACGGACGACAUGGCAAGUUCAUAUUUGUUGAGUACUUCCAAUAAUCCAGCCAGCAAGUAUAUACCAUCAAGAGGACCAACCCAACCACCCAAACAUAGAACCCGCCACAGAUCUCAUUCAGACCCCUUCUCAGACCCAGUUUACCCGUCAAAGCCUGUUCCCCGCCUUCCUCCGGAACCCCCGCCUAAAUAUCCCCAAUACAACAGGAUGGCCCCAUCUCCAGCCAAAUCUCUCCCACAUCGCGAUAAUACAAUCGUAGAGGCUGUUAGGGACACUGUUCAAGUCAGAGGUGCAGAUCAGUCUUCACGCACAAGAAUGGGAAGAAGUCAAACUGCCCAGGGAAAUGCUCCACCACGUCCCACAUAUACGGGUCGUCGUUCGUUAUCCCAGGACUCAGUCCUUCACACAGCAAAUGCUCUUGAUAAGGCUAAGGGCAAGGCACGAGGCAAGAAAGGCUCCAUGCACGCAGACGUCAUAGACAGGCUUGAUUUUACUGGCGUCGGUCCCAUGUUCCAUCAUGAUGGUCCAUUUGACGCUUGUGCUCCGUCUCGUAACCGCCAUCGAACUAAGGCGCCCAUGCUUGCCUGGAGCAGCGCAGGGGCAGACGUGGCGCUAUCCAAUGAAUCCCCCUACCCCUCACCUGACGCUUACAAGGGUGCUUUUUCCCCCACCUACCAGGUCCCAAAGAAGAAAGUCGAUGCUAUCGCAGAAGCCUGGGGUAUCCACGAGCCAGAACCGUACGAAGAAUUUUUUGCAGGCGGGGGCACUGGCAGACGUGAUGAUACUCCGUCUAAUUCAAUUUACGCCGGGAGGGAGGGUCACGGGUCACGGAGCGGCACGCCGCGACACUCCCUGGGUAAGCGCUCCAAGGACGGGCGUGAGCUUCGUGACGUCUAUAGAGAGUACCUCGACGACGACAUGAAACAAAUGCAAGCUCGCGACCGGGAGCGUGGCGGUGAGAGAGAAGGAAGACGCACUAAACGCGCUGGUAUCCCGCCCCCGCAGCCUAUUCUUGUGCCAGAAGCCCAGGGUACCGAUUAUGACAGUGCACCGGGGUCCCCGUCACUGCCAGGAGUACCCAAACGCACCAAAUCAUUGAUGCAGCGCAUUCGCAAAAUGCGUGACUCCCCAAACGUACCCGUGGUUUUUGAUGAGAGUGUCGAGCCUCCUUCUCCCAAUCUGGAUACCUACCACCAGCCAUCACGCCCCACACAUCGAUCACAAAAUUCGUUCCUUGGGCGCUUCUCCAACGGUCCCAACGGCCCCGGUCGUCCAAACACUUCACCUCCAGAUGAAACAUAUGUGUACGUCGAUGAUCCUCGUAGGGACAAACGACUACCUGCCACUCCUUAUGCUCCAGCGACAACUCGCACACCAUCCGCCGAAGACAGACGCGCAUACUUCGACGGCGCGCCCAGUUCUCCGCCAUUGGGCGGCCUUGGGCGAAAAACUAGUUUAUUGAAGAAGGUGAAGGACGUGGUCAGGGGCCCCAAAUGAGCCUAGUCCUCGAUUCCUGGAUGUACUCGAGUAUAAUUCCUGAUUUGUUCGCUAGCCCCCAUACGCAUGUCUUGUUGAGGCUACCCCUCUAGUCGUUUUUUUUUUGCAGUUUUACAGCCAUGAUCGCUGCUCUGUUUCUUUUCUCUCGUCCAAAGCUUGGACGAGAUAUUCCUAGCAAUCAGUUUUGUGUGUUUACGCUUCUGACCCCAUGCUUGUAUCCAUUACGGUGUUUGUAAAAAUCUACAUAUACUCGCGAGACCGUUUAUCUACUCUGCAUUUUCUACCAUACUUCCUGUUGUAAGAGUAUGCAGUGGCAGUCAAUACCCUGAGGCAAUUUUGUCAAGCGCUUUUCGAAGGCGCAUCUAUACAUGUUCUGAUCAAUUC